UUUUAAUUUUCGAUGAAUUUGGUCACACUGCGGAAAAAAUUGUGAAUGUGAUCAGAGUGCAUAAAACGACAAAAUAAAAAAUUGUCAUCGUCGAGACUUGUCAGAGAUUCGUAAAAUCAAAAGCGUUUGCAAUUCUCAUAGCAAAAUGAGUGCCGUUGCCAGCAGCGAUCCAGCCAUCAGCGGCAUGGCCCUUGGCCGCAGCCAGACCAUCUGCCGCUACUACGUGCGCGGGAUCUGUCGCUUCGGGGAGCUCUGCCGCUUCUCUCACGACCUGAGUCGCGGUCGCCCGGAGUGCGAGCAGCCGGUGACCCCCGAGGUUCUGCCGAAGCCCAGUACCAGCAGCAGCAGCAGCCAAAGCGCCAGUACGAGCUCCUCCACCCAGCAGAGGAACUGGGCCAAUGCACCGGUGUUUGUGCCCAGCCAGAAGCGGAAUCCCGCCCGGGAUCAGAACGAGUCGGAGGCCACCGUGGGCUCAGACGCGCAGGCAGAGUCUGGUGUGGGAUGGUUCAGGCUUGUCGAUAUUGGGACCGACGUUGUGGAUUGGCCAUCAUCGCUCAUCAACAAAGAGCCUGGUGCGGGCUAUGUCAUUAUCACGCCUGGCAUCUCUGGGGCCGAAGCUGUGGGUGGGCCAUCAUCACUAAACAACAAAGAGGCUGGUGCGGGCAAUGUCGCCCUCAAGUCUUCUCAUCCAGCCUCUUGGGCCGAAGUUGUGGGUGGACCAUCAUCGCUCAAUAACAAAGAGGGCUACGCCUCCAUAAACAGCACUCCGCUGGAGGAGGGGAUCUGCCCCUACGAGAGCCCCUGCUUGUGGGGCUGCCCCUACGGCAUCCAUAUGGAGCUAUGCGAAAUGUGCGACCAGUAUUGUCUGCAUCCCACAGAUCAAGCGCAGCGCAAGAAGCACAACCGCGAGUGCUUGCAGCAGCACGAACAGGCCAUGGAGCUAUCAUUCGCCAUCGCCAGGUCCAAGGACAAGACGUGCGGCAUCUGCUUCGACACGAUCAUGGAGAAGGCGGGCAGGGAAAAGCGCUUCGGUAUCCUACCCAACUGCAACCACAUAUUCUGCCUGGAGUGCAUUCGCACAUGGCGCCAGGCCAAACAGUUCGAGCACAAAAUAACGCGAGCUUGUCCCGAAUGUCGCGUGUGCUCGGACUUUGUCUGCCCCAGUGCGUUUUGGGUGGAGACCAAAGAGGAGAAGGACAAACUGCUCAAUGACUACCGCGCCGCCUUGGGAGCUAAGGACUGCAAAUACUUCAAAAAAGGCGAGGGCAAGUGUCCCUUUGGUAACAAGUGCUUCUACAAGCACGCCCUGCCCAAUGGAGACAUCGUCGAUGUGGGAUUGCCGAAGAGAACUCGAAAGUUGCAGAGCCAGAAUGAAAUAAUCGAUUUGCUUGAUAUUUAUCUAUGGGACUAUGUAGAUCGUCGUGAUUAUCAUUGGCUGGAAAUAUUUUCAAGUGAUUUAAGCGAAAGUUCCGAUUUCUCGGAUGAAGACUAAGCUUCUGGAGCAGGUGGAAACGAAAUGCAACAACAGCCCAAAAGCAUACAAAUUUGGAUAUACAGUCCCAGAAAAACGUAACCAAUAUUCAAACGAUAUAUAUACAUGAUACUGAACCAAAUAUCGAAUGCGAAAUUAAACAAAAAAUGUAUUUGGGUACCAAAUUUAGGUUACAUAAAUAUUUAUUCUCCACUUAAUGCAACGAAAUUUACAGCAACUUUUCCGUACUUGUAUUAAAUUUAAAAUAUAUUUAAUACCAUUAAUAACAAGUGGUUCAACAUAAACCUAAAGAAACAAUGAUAUAUCAUUAAAUAUGAAUACACAAUUUUAGAGAUAAACAAGCAGUAAACAGUACAUUUUCAAAAUAGGUGAUAUAAAAUGUGUAAACUAUGCCUUUCAGACUGAAUUGUAAAGAUAAAAAUACAUACAUUCUUUAAUCGGUUUUCUACUCAUUUUUUGAAGUUUAACAACUACAACUAAGUGAAACGCACAUAGCAAACCACAUAAGUACGUCUAUCUGGAUAUUUGCAGACAAUUAAUCUCGAAUGAGUCUAUGCAUCAUUAACGAGCAGAAACUAUUCCCUUUCGUCGAUAAAUGAAAUUUUUGUUAUUGUUAUGAGCCUUUGUGUUAGAGUAUUACUGUUGCAUACCUAUAAUUCAGUAUAUUUGUAAUCGUUGGCCACAAGCGUAAUACCCAAACCACUACAAAUAUUAUAUGUAAAACAUCUAUAUUGUAUAUUGAUUUUAAGUUUAUACUUUCGAAAUGUACCUCUUUAAAAUGUUUUGUUUUUACUGAUACAAAUGUAAUGUGUUGUCCAUUAGAAAAGCAACAAUUAAAUAAACUAAGGGAAUUAACAUAUAAACCCAACAUGUUCAAAAUCUAAAAACUAAAAUCAAUGUAACAAUUACUUGACAAAUCUCAAUAAUGGCAUAGAAUCGGGUUUGGCGAUUCAAACCCAUUUGUAUGUGAUUAAUAGUUGACAGACAAAAAAUAUCUUAUGAAUAAUUGGUAAUAAGUAAAUAGUUUUAAAAACAAGCAUAUGGUCGUUGAAAUAUGAUACAGAUCAGAUUGAACAAUUCAGUUUAACAAAUACAUGCUUUCGCAAAAGCUGCAAUGCAA